AUGGAAUUUAGCGCCAAAAGUGGCUCACAUUUGCUUUUGGUUUUGAUUGGCAUUUGUGUUGUGUUUUGAAUGCAAUUUAUUCACAUUUGUUGAUGAGAUAUGUGUUUUCAAUCAUCAAUUGAAUGAUUGGUUGCAAUGGAAAGCGUUUCUUUGAAUCUGGAUUUGGAUCACAAUCCCGAAGAUGACGACGACAUCGACGACCGACACAAAGAGAUCCAGGGGUUGUUGUCAACAGCUUUCGAUGAUUUAAGUUCAUUGAGUGAAGACGAGGAGGAAUAUAGCAAUGAGUUCAAGAGGUUUAGUAUUAAUGGUAUUAAUGGUGACAAUGAGUGUCUCGACACACAAACCAAUGGCAAUGGAAACCAUUGGAACCACAUGUAUGUGAAUGGCUUGACCUCAACGCCUCGGGUUUACCACCAAUUGUAUCCCAAAUCAAAAAACAAUUUGUGGCCACAAGUGUCCAAAAAUCAUCUCAAUGUCAGUGAUAUUCUUGAGGACGAAGAGGAAGAGCUGCACAAAGGAGUGAAUGGAGACCUCGAGGUCAACGACAAUGAGUUUUGUGUGGAAGAC